AUGGUGAACCUUUGCAUAGCCUUAACACUAAGCUCAAUAAUACUCCUAGGAAUACCUUUGGUCCAUGGAACUGAUCAAGAUCCUCUAGCCAUAGAAGAAUGGUUUAAAAGCCUACCCAACAUGACCCCAAAAACCACACACCUUCACUUCUAUCUACACGACUUACUAAGUGGCUCCAGCCCAACUGCCAUGAGAGUCGCCCAAUCCAACAUUACUGACACCUCUCCAACAAAUUUUGGAUUCAUUGCUAUGGCUGACGACAAGCUCACCUCAGGACCCGAACCCAACUCUACAGUUGUGGGUCAGGCACAAGGUAUCUAUGGCUCUGCGUGUUUAAGUGAGGCCGGCUUACUCAUGACCAUGAACUUGGUUUUUACGGGAGCGGAUUACAAUGGUAGUACUCUAAGCCUUUUGGGGCGGAAUGCAGUGUUUCAUCCGUAUCGUGAGAUGCCAAUUGUUGGUGGCUCUGGGGUUUUUAGGAUGGCAAAAGGUAUCGCCACUGCAAAAACUUAUUAUUUCAACCUUACAACUGGUGAUGCAGUUGUUGAAUAUAAUGUCAUGGUUGUUCAUUAUUAA